ACAGACGGUUUAGCUACAUAUUUACAACAUUUCAAAGAUAACAUACAUAGCAAAGCUCCAAUGAUAACAAGCACUGCAAGGUAAAACUCCAUUCUGGUAUUGUUUUUAGGCAACAUCAUUUCCCACCCUUUCAACGCUUCUCUGCCGGAAUAGCAUUUUAAAAUAUGGUUCUAUUACAAGAUAUGAUACACGUGCAGUUAUGAUAAUCAUUGCAGUGGCAUUGUUGCAUGCAGGCCUACAGAACAACUGCCCUGUGAAUCUGCUGAGGAGUCAAGAUCCAGAAGCAUCCAGCAGCAGCACAGAUACAUAAUGCAUCCCAAAUGGCACCUAUUCCCUAUAUAGUGCACUACUUCGGACCAAAGUCAAUAUAGUUCCUGGUCAAAAGUAAUGCAUUAUAUAGAGAAUAGGGUGCCAUUUGGGAUGCAACUAUACUGUAUCCAUCUGCAUCAAUCAAGCAUGCUCAUGGUCCCAAGUAGGCAAGCACGCAGACGUCCCCAAUGGGUUAUGGUUGAGACCGGGAGCAGACGUCCCCAAGGGGUUAUGGUUGAGACCGGGAGCAGACGUCCCCAAGAGGUUAUGGUUGAGACCAGGAGCAGACGUCCCCAAGGGGUUAUGGUUGAGACCAGGAGCAGACGUCCCCAAGAGGUUAUGGUUGAGACCAGGAGCAGACGUCCCCAAGAGGUUAUGGUUGAGACCAGGAGCAGACGUCCCCAAGAGGUUAUGGUUGAGACCAGGAGCAGACGUCCCCAAAGGGUUAUGGUUGAGACCAGGAGCAGACGUCCCCAAGGGGUUAUGGUUGAGACCGGGAGCAGACGUCCCCAAGGGGUUAUGGUUGAGACCGGGAGCAGACGUCCCCAAGAGGUUAUGGUUGAGACCGGGAGCAGACGUCCCCAAGGGGUUAUGGUUGAGACCGGGAGCAGACGUCCCCAAGGGGUUAUGGUUGAGACCAGGAGCAGACGUCCCCAAGGGGUUAUGGUUGAGACUGGGAGCAGACGUCCCCAAGAGGUUAUGGUUGAGACGGGAGCAGACGUCCCCAAGGGGUUAUGGUUGAGACCAGGAGCAGACGUCCCCAAGAGGUUAUGGUUGAGACCAGGAGCAGACGUCCCCAAGAGGUUAUGGUUGAGACCAGGAGCAGACGUCCCCAAGGGGUUAUGGUUGAGACCAGGAGCAGACGUCCCCAAGAGGUUAUGGUUGAGACCGGGAGCAGACGUCCCCAAGGGGUUAUGGUUGAGACCGGGAGCAGACGUCCCCAAGGGGUUAUGGUUGAGACCAGGAGCAGACGUCCCCAAGGGGUUAUGGUUGAGACCGGGAGCAGACGUCCCCAAGAGGUUAUGGUUGAGACCGGGAGCAGACGUCCCCAAGAGGUUAUGGUUGAGACCAGGAGCAAACGUCCCCAAGAGGUUAUGGUUGAGACCGGGAGCAGACGUCCCCAAGGGGUUAUGGUUGAGACCAGGAGCAGACGUCCCCAAGGGGUUAUGGUUGAGACCGGGAGCAGACGUCCCCAAGAGGUUAUGGUUGAGACGGGAGCAGACGUCCCCAAGGGGUUAUGGUCGAGACCAGGAGCAGACGUCCCCAAGAGGUUAUGGUUGAGACCAGGAGCAGACGUCCCCAAGAGGUUAUGGUUGAGACCAGGAGCAGACGUCCCCAAGAGGUUAUGGUUGAGACCAGGAGCAGACGUCCCCAAGAGAUUAUGGUUGAGACCAGGAGCAGACGUCCCCAAAGGGUUAUGGUUGAGACCAGGAGCAAACGUCCCCAAGAGGUUAUGGUUGAGACCAGGAGCAGACGUCCCCAAGGGGUUAUGGUUGAGACCAGGAGCAGACGUCCCCAAGAGGUUAUGGUUGAGACCAGGAGCAGACGUCCCCAAAGGGUUAUGGUUGAGACCAGGAGCAGACGUCCCCAAGGGGUUAUGGUUGAGACCAGGAGCAGACGUCCCCAAAGGGUUAUGGUUGAGACCAGGAGCAGGUGUCCUCAAGGGUGUCUGCCAAUAGCAAUCCUGGUCCUAGGGACUCAUGUUUGUUCAAAACCAGCAGUAACACAUUUUAUUUAAGUAGCCAAAAAGGCCUGAUGAUUAGUUGAAAGAUGGAUGGAUGAAUGGAUGGAUGGACAGGUGAG